AUGUUCUUAACCGACACUGGUGAUUAUGGAUCAGUGUCUAAGGGCAUGGCAUUGGUUGGAUGGAAUAGACGACUGGAAAUGAAGGAAAUCAAGGGUACAGACGAGCGUGGGUGCGUACAAGAUGGGUGGAAUGUUAUUAAUGCUGCAUUAUUUGGCGUUGAAUGGAGUGCCAUGAGAAGGGUCCUUUUUAUAUCCAACCUUUUGAUUUUGUAUUGGCUAUGA